AUGUGUCUCAUUCUAUCGACAAUCCCUGCUGCUGCCGAUGAAGAACCGAAAUCCACACCAACAAUUGACGAGGCAUUACAGAUAAAAGAGAUCGAGUUUGAAGGGAUAAUGGAGGACUCAGAGGGUUUAAUUAAAAGUAUCAUACAAACCCGUGUUGGCGAGGAAAUCUCUCCUUACCAGUUAUCGCAGGACAGCAAAAACCUUUAUAAGGAUACCGGCUUUUUCGAGGAGAUUCUCGUUGAUGUCGAACCUGCUGAAGGGGGCGGAUUAAAGGUCAUUUAUCGACUCAUCCCAAACCCUAAAAUUGAGGGCAACAUCAACAUUAUCGGCAACGAGCAGUUGAAAUAUAAAAAAAUAAAAGAAGCAAUCAGUCUGAAACCGGGAGAACUUUUCAAUGGGCAGCGUCUCUGGAGAAGCAAACAGAAUGUCCUGAAAACGUACAAAGAAGCAGGUUACUAUUUGGCAGAGGUCCAAACGCAUAAGGAUAUUAAUUCCGACGCCAAUACAAUAGCCGUAACAUUUGAGAUCACCGAAGGACAACGGAUUAAAGUCCAAGAAAUCAACUUCAUCGGUAACGAUAAUCUCUCACCAAAAUCACUGAGCAAGCAGAUGAAAACCCGCACAGGCAAGCAUUUUGAUGAGAUUUUCUUUGAGGAAGAUCUGACCAUUCUAGUUCGAUACUACCAAGACGCGGGAUUCAACCAAGCAAGAAUUUCUAAGCAUGAAAAACGAUUUUCCGAUGAUAAAACAGAACUAAUGCUCGACAUCACUAUUGAUGAAGGUCCCCAGUUUAUCGUUGGAAAGUAUACCGUCGAACUCACGCACUCUGAGAAACCCGCGUUUUCUGAAGAGAAGAUUCGUGAUAUAUUGAGCCCGGCUGAAGGAGAAAUUUUUAAUCGCGGAGAGUUCGAGGCGACACUUGCGGAGAUUGAGGGAGAAUACCAAAACAAAGGAUACCUGCUGUCACAAGUGGACGCAUCUCCCAAUUUUGAUGAAAUCAGCGGUAUUGUGGACCUGACACUAAACAUUAACGAAGGUGAUGUCAUCGUCAUUGGCGACGUGCAUAUCAACGGUUUAGAAAAAACAAAGGACAACGUCAUCCGACGCGAGCUGGACCAACUGGAUAUCAAGCCCGGAGAAUUUUACGACGUGCAGGCGCUACGGAAAGCACGGCAGCGAGUCUUUCGGAUGGGACCGUUUAUUCGGAAUGUUGAGUUCGUUCCGAGUAAUUCUGAAGGUGCUAUCCGAGAUCUGAUUGUCACCAUCACAGAAUCACCACGCACCGGUCUACUCAGUCUUGGUGGGGGCUACGGCACAGAAGGUGGCAUCUUUGGGGUAGCACAGAUUGGUGAAAACAAUCUCUGGGGACGCGCCUUUCAGGUGCACCUGAAAGGUGAGCUAGGUGCUCGCGAUCGGCAUACCGGCGAACUUCGCUUCAGCACCCCCUGGAUCUUGGGGACACCAACCCGUUUCAGUACUAGCCUAUACAACACCCAGCGCACGCAUCGAUACUAUGGUUCAAUCUUUCGCGAUCGGGGUUACGAUAGAUAUACCUAUAAGCGUGUCGGCGGUUCUCUAACGUUUGGACGUCCGAUCUCCAAAAAUACAGACCUGUCAAUUCGUCUCAAAAAUGAAUCUGUCGAUGCAAGCGGAUCGGGCGUAACAACUAUCGAAGAUCGCCUCACCCGCAGUAUAACUCUCAGCCUCGGCAGAGACACACGCGACUAUCAGCGAAGUGUCCAUGAACCUGUAUCCGGCUCACACAACAGCCUUUCUUAUGAAUACGCCGGUGGAUUCUUCGGUGCGGACAAUAAGUUUCAGAAGUAUUCCGCAGAUUCAAGUUGGUUCCUCACCAGUUGGUUUAACCACGUCCUAGCCGGCCAUGUGCGGACAUCAUACCUCAGUAGCCAAAGUACCGAUUGGAGAUUCCUAUACUAUGAGCGCUACCGGCUCGGCGGAAUCGACACAGUCCGCGGUUAUGAGGAUUUUGAAAUCUUUCCCAUUAACGCGAACGGCGAGAUCAACUUUAACGGCGGCAACAAAGUCCUCUAUGCAAAUUUGGAAUAUCGCAUCCCAUUCGCAAACCAGUUGACCGGCGUCCUGUUCUUUGAUAUAGGACAGGUAUGGGAUGAAAGCAUUACGAACGUCUUCAACGAAUUUCAACUCAAGAAAGGCGCGGGCGUUGGUAUUCGCUUUGAUCUGAUGGGCAUGCUGGCACGCCUUGAAUGGGGCUAUGGAUUUGAUCGAACAGUUGAAGGAGGUUUUGGUGCCGCGGCAGAAAACAACUUUAAGCUAGGUGUUGUUGACACACAAAGGGUAUUUGAGAAUUUUACAAAAGCCCAAGAAGCCAAUGAGAUUCUGAGAGCUGCCCAAGAUCGGCUGACAAAUGAACUCAAAGGCAUUCAGCAAGAGAUCGGCACGAUGGAGGAACGCCUGGAGAAGCAGAGGCUGUUUCUUGACGCUUCUGAAACUCAGACGCUGGAAGCUGAUAUUCGUCUCAAAGGGCAAGAACUCCAAGGUAAAUUGGAAAUUGGUCAAGAAUCAAUUAUGGCGAAACGCGAGGAAUUGCUUGCACCGCUAACACAGGACAUAGAGAAUCUGCUUCAGCAAGUCGGUGAGAGUGAAGGAUAUAGCCUUAUCCUUGAGAAACGUCUGGUGACACUUUAUGUCGAUCCAAAGUAUGAUUUGACCGAGAAGGUCCUGACGCUGCUAAACGACGCAUACGAAAAAGAAAAAUCGAAGGACGCUCAACAAUCGGCAACUCCCCCUGAAACAGAGACAGGAAAGGAAGGGGAAAAGAGUAACUAA